AUGGCCUCCCAAAACCCCACCGAAAAAUCCUCUAUCCACUCCCUCCCCAUCCCUGGUGCUGAUGCAGACAUCGAGCGCGCACAUGAACCCGAAUCCCCGCCCACCGGACGCCAAAUUCACGGUUUUCAAUGGUUCCUCGUCGUUGUCGCUGUCUUGAGCAGCAUGUUCAUGUACUCACUCGACGGCACUAUUGUGGCUGACCUCGUACCUUCGAUCGCCAACGAGUUCCACGCUGUGCCGCUUCUCCCAUGGCUCUCUGUUGGUUUCAUGGUCGGUUCCAUUGUCACGGUCUUGCCGCUGGGAAAGCUCUACGGAAAAUACAAUGCCAAACACCUAUAUCUUAUUUCUGUUGUGAUUUUCCUGGCUGCCUCGGCGCUGUGCGGUGCUGCACCAAAUAUGAGUGCCAUGAUUGUGGGCAGAGUAUUGCUUGGUAUGGCAGGAAACGGAAUUUACUUUGGCAUUCUGACGCUUCUGAGCGUACACACCGAUGAUACAGAGCGGCCAAUGUACCUCUCGAUGGUUGGUUUGAUCUGGGGUGUUGGCACAGUCCUCGGGCCUGUUGUUGGCGGUGGGUUUGACAAAGUCAAUUGGCGAUGGGCGUUCUACCUGAAUCUCAUAAUCGGCGGCCUAUUCGCUCCGGUCUACGUCUUCCUCCUCCCCGCCUUCGACCCGUCUCCGUCUACCUCCUUUGUUGCCCGUGGUAAGAACUUCGACCUUCUCGGCGCCACUCUCUCCAUUGCCUCAAUCCUCUGCCUUGUCAUGGCCAUCAACUUCGGAAAUGCCCUAUACGCCUGGGACAGCGCCCCCAUAAUCGUCCUUUUUGUCCUCGCUGGCGUUUUUCUCAUCCUCUUCGCCAUCCAGCAGAAACUCGCCCUGUUCACAACAAAAUCAGAGCGCAUGUUCCCCGCCCACCUCCUCCGUAGCAAGGAAGCUUGUCUUCUCUUUGUCGCGGCCGCUGGAUGCAAUGCUGCAGGAUUCCUGCCAGUCUAUUAUAUCCCUGUGUACUUCCAGUUCUCCCGUGGUGAUAACGCCCUGGAGGCUGCGGUGCGACUGCUGCCGCUGAUCAUCGUGUUGAGUGCGACUAUUAUGGCGCAGGGGUUCUUCAUGAGCAAGCUCGGGUAUUAUCAGCCUUGGUAUCUUGUUGGUGGUGCACUGUUGCUGGUGGGGGAUGUUUUACUUUCACGCAUUGAUGAGAACACGAAUGUUGCCAACAUCUACGGAUACGAGAUCCUCGUUGCCAUCGGCGCCGGUGCCUUCAUCCAGGCUGGUUACGCAACUAUCCAGACCGUUGUUCCUGCAUCUGAUACCUCAUAUGCCAUUGCCUUUAUGAUGCUCGCGCAAUUCAUUGGCAUCGUCUUUGGCCUCUCUAUCGGUGGCGCAAUCUUCAUCAACACCGCCUUAUCCUCCCUUCGUUCUCUCUUCCCCCUCCUCUCUGAGGCGGACCUUCGUGUCGUGAUCAGCGGCACCAGUUCAAAUGCCAUUGAGCUUAUUCCUGUGGCGCUCAGGGAUGACGCAGUGGCGGCUAUUGUAGGUAGUUUGAGAAAGUUGUUUAUCCCUGCGUAUGUUGCGGCGGCGGUGGCGCUUGUGGUGUCGGUGUUUAUCAACAUUGCUGAUGUGAUUCUCGAAUUACUUGAUGGGAAAGAGGUACAUAAUAACCAAUACGAAUUACAAAUCAGCGACUCGACACGCCAAGUUGCGCAAGAGCUGUAUAAUGAUGAUGGAAUCGACGCCGAGUAUAUUCACAUCUAUAUUCAUUGCAUGGAAAAGAUAGACGCGCUGCAUAGUGGGAGAGCCGUUCAUAGUGACAUCAAGCCAGACGUGUUCAUGAACUGCGCAUCAGUCAUGAUUGAUUUCAGCAGCUCAUGGUCCUGGGAAGAUGGAAAAGACGAGCCGUGCCUUGAUCCAUUUAGGCGGCGUCAAGGGCCGACGACCUUCGAAUCGCGCAGUAAGGGGGAACGAGACGGCUUUCGGUGGUCAGUGACAAACGAGCAUAAUGGGGAUGAUUUAUUGAGUCAUCCUAACCCUGGGGUUGUGUAUGUGCAAGAGUCUCGAUCACAUUUCCGCGAUCCAACGCUCCGUGAUCGCGUUCCAUUUCUGCGAGAUUGCCCACGUUGCCAACAAGCCGUGAAGGAAAUCAUUUCAUCAGCAGAUAUGUCAAAGCUAGAGCAAGCAGAGCGGGAGGCAGAGAUGACAACAGUCCAAAUAGUCUCUACGGAGUAG